GGCCGAGAUCGAUGCCCACAACGACAUCUACAAAAAUGUGGACGGGAACAAGUCGAAGAUGGUCAAGGCUCUGGGCAGCUCAGAGGAAGCUGUGUUUCUCCAACAGAGACUGGACGACAUGAACCAACGCUGGAGCGACCUGAAGGCCAAAUCUGCCAACAUUCGGGCCCACUUGGAGGCGAGUGCGGAGCGUUGGUCUCGUCUGCUGGGCCUCCUGGAGGAGCUGUGGAGGUGGAUCUGCAUGAAGGAUGAAGACCUGGCUAAGCAGAUGCCCAUCGGAGGAGACGUACCCACCUUGCUGCAACAGCAGAACCACUGCACGACACUGCGUUCAGAGCUGGGGGAACGCGAGCACUUGGUGAUGAGCACAUUGGACCAGGCUAGGAUGUUUCUCGCCGACCAGCCAAUUGAAGGUCCGGGAGAGCCUCGCAAGACCCUGCAGCCAAAGGCUGACCUCUCGCCUGAGGAAAAGGCACGGGUUUUGGCCCGGGCUAUCCGCAAACAGACAGGUGAGGUGAGGGAGCGGUGGGACCGUCUGAAAGGACAUGUGGGGGGCUGGCACACUCAGGUGGAGCGCGCCCUGGAGCGACUCCAGGAGCUGCAGAGCUCCAUGGACCAGCUCGACCUGAGGCUGACUCAGGCAGAGGAGGCCAAAGUCACCUGGCAGCCGGUGGGGGAUCUGCUGAUCGACUCUCUGCAGGACCACAUCGAUAAGACCAUGGCCUUCAGAGAGGAGGUCGCCCCACUGCGUCACGAUGUGAAACUCGUCAAUGAGCUUUCUGCAGAGCUCACACCACUGGACAUCCAGCUGUCGUCCACCGCCUCCAGACAACUGGACCAGCUCAAUAUGAGAUGGAAACUACUACAGGUGGCGGUUGAGGACAGACUGAAGCUACUUCAGGAAGCCCACAGAGACUUUGGCCCGUCCUCCCAGCAUUUCCUCUCUACUUCUGUACAGCUUCCCUGGCAACGAGCAGUUUCUCAGAAUAAGGUUCCAUAUUACAUCAAUCAUCAGACACAGACGACAUGCUGGGACCAUCCAAAGAUGACGGAGCUUUACCAAUCACUGGGCGACUUGAACAAUGUGAGAUUCUCGGCAUACAGGACAGCCAUGAAGAUACGCCGACUACAGAAAGCACUGUGUUUGGACUUGUUGGACCUCAACGUGGCACAGAACACCUUUGAGCAGCACAAACUCACCAACAACAACCAGCUGCUGUCUGUUCCCGACGUCAUCAACUGCCUGACGUCCAUCUACGAUGGCCUGGAGCAGGAGCACAAGGACCUGGUCAAUGUUCCGCUUUGUGUUGACAUGUGUCUCAACUGGCUGCUGAAUGUUUAUGACACUGGCCGCAGUGGAAGGAUCCGCGUCCUGUCCAUGAGGAUCGGGUUGCUGUCUCUCUCUAAGGGACACCUGGAGGAGAAAUAUAAAUACCUCUUCAGCCAGGUUGCAUCAGCAGGUGACACGUGUGACCAGAGGCAGCUUGGACUUCUGCUCCACGAGGCCAUCCAGAUCCCGAAGCAGCUCGGGGAGGUGGCCGCCUUCGGAGGCUCCAACAUCGAACCCAGCGUCCGCAGCUGCUUCCAGCACGUGACCAAUAAGGUGGAGCUGGAGCCCAGGCACUUUGUCGACUGGAUGCACCUGGAGCCUCAGUCCAUGGUUUGGCUUCCUGUGCUGCACAGGGUUGCUGCUGCAGAGACGGCAAAACAUCAGGCAAAGUGUAACAUCUGCAAAGAGUGUCCUAUUGUUGGUUUUAGGUAUCGUAGUCUGAAGCAUUUCAACUACGACAUUUGUCAGAGCUGCUUCUUUUCUGGGCGCACCGCCAAAGGCCACAAGCUCAACUACCCAAUGGUGGAGUACUGCACACCGACGACAUCAGGGGAAGACAUGCGUGAUUUCACCAAAGUGCUGAAGAAUAAAUUCCGGUCUAAGAAGUACUUUGCCAAACAUCCUCGCCUUGGUUACCUGCCAGUGCAGACGGUUUUAGAAGGUGACAACAUGGAAACUCCUGUCACCCUCAUCAGCAUGUGCCCGGAGCAGUACGAGUUGGCUCAGAUGGAGCGUUCCAACGGUUCUCUGCCCACAGACAGCAGCUCAGCCACAGGAAGCAUGGAUGACGAACACACUCUGAUCCUGCAAUACUGUCAGACGCUGGGAGGGGAGAGCUCCCCCUGCAGUCAGCCCCAGAGUCCUGCCCAGAUCCUGCAGGCUGUGGAGAGGGAGGAGCAGGGUGAGCUGGAACGGAUCAUUGCGCGUCUGGAGGAGGAGCAGAGGACCCUACAGAAGGAGUACGAGCAGCUGAAGGAACAGCACGGUCAGCGCGGGGCCCCUGCCGGAAGCUGCUGGGAGUCGGAGGGGCCCUCCGCUCAUCCCGACGAGGCCGAACUUCUCGCCGAGGCCAAGCUACUGCGACAACACAAGGGCCGCCUGGAGUCUCGGAUGCACAUCCUGGAGGAACACAACAAACAGCUGGAGUCUCAGCUCCACCGCCUCCGACAGCUACUGCACCAGCCGGAGGUGGACUCAAGGGUAAAUGGAGUGUCGUCACCUGCGGUACAAGACCGAGGGCCAGUCACAGACAACUCGGAUGAGCUGUUGGACUCCCACAACAGCAGCUCUGACCUGGCAGAUGUAAUGGAGCAGAUUAACAACUCCUUCCCUGCAUGCAGUCCCUCAAGCCUCUCCUCGAGACCACAGGUGAUGUGAGGACCAAGCAGGACGUGUUUUUGUGUGCACAUGAGUGUGUGAGUGUGUGACUUUGUAUGUGUGUGAGUGAGAGCUGGAGGAGACAGGAUCGUUCCCUGACAAACAAACAAACAAACAAACAAACAAACCACCGACUCAUCCCAAAGACGCACAGGACUGGACAACUCAACUACUUUUACCACCUUGUCUUGUACUAUGCAAACUGUACAUUGUACUGUAGAUUGUUCCUGCAUUUGGUUCAUCAUUUGUCAGUGAUUUGUUUAGAUAAGCAGAGUUUAUGUCACAGGGCUUUGUAUAGUGAAACACGCUUCUUUUUUUUUGUUUUUCAGAGGGUGGUUUGGAAUUUGUGUUUAAGUUCUGUCUUCACUGGGAAUCAAACUGUUACACUUUUUUGUGUGUCAUUCCUCUGCUUUAAACCCUCUAGUCCCCAGUCGCUAUUGUCAGCCACAGAUUUUAAUUCCAUGUUUGGGAGCACACACAAUUCCUGAGUCACCACAUUCAGUGGCUGAAGCAAUGCUUUUGCAGAGACUGUCACAAGGGUCUGUUUUGUUUUUAAAGGUUGAUCUUGUAGCAUGCUCGAUAUCAAGUUCCCCUUUAAAUCAUCAAAAUGCCGACAGAGUUUGUGUCGACCGCGAUUUGUUAAUGUAAAGUUUACCCCCAUGUGCCUAUACAGAUUGUCCAUUCCACACGUGGAAAGACGAGAUAAGAGCUCACAUAUUAAAGUGGGACUGUGUAUAAAGAGAUAAGUUUUGAAAAAUAUAGAUUUAAAUCUAAAGUCGUUCUGAAUCUGGGUUCGUACGAGGCCCGCCAUCAUUAUGUAGAAUAGUUUUUUUUAAGGAAAAAGAUAUAUGUUCAGAAAUCAGAGGAAAGCCAUGAUUGCCUUGCUACCUCAGACUCAUAGACACAGUUUUGUUUUUGUGGUUCGUAAACUUGUUUAAAACCGUUGUGAUCAAUUACAGAACAUUUAAACAACCUGGUUUAGAAUUCUAAGCUUGAGCUUACUGUAUUUGUGUACACUGCAACGAGGAGAUACCAAGUUUCAAAGAAGAAGUCAUUACCGUAUCAUAAUGGGUCUGUGGCCUGCUGAAGUUAGCCGCUCGCUACGGCGAGUUUUACUUUAUCUGUUGUUGGUUUUUCCACUGGCCUUCUAGCACUGGUCCCUCACUGCGUUGUGUUGUUGUGCUCUAUGCUAUCCUGUAAAACUUGUGAUACUGAACAACACUACUAUAACCUCCUCUGGCUGUAGACUGAUGAUGAUGUUGGUGAUAGAUGUAACGAUUACAAUCAUGGUGAACUGUUCCAUGGCAGAACUGUGUCGCUUCUCCUGAGGUAUGUAAAAUAGAUUGACCACACUACAUGUAAUAUGGCGAUGUUGUUUUAUUCUAAAUAAAAUUUUUAUAACAAGUA